GGCCGCAGCGCGAGGCCGGGACGGGGCUGCACCGCCGGCCGGCGCGGACGUGGGGACGGGUCGGCCCUGUUUGCUGGCGACCUGCUGGGCGCAGGGAACAUCGGGUAGUCCGACCAUCCCGGCGCGGGUGAUGAACCAGGACACGCAGGCCCUCCUGGACACCGGCAGUGCGGUUACCCUCCUUCGCCCCGACCUGGCGGGUGGGAAGGCAGGGGAGCCUAUGGAGGUGGCCUGCGUCCACGGGGACACCCGGACCUACCCCACGUGUCACGUGGUUGUCCGCACCACACACGGUGUGUUUACGAUCCGGGCGGGUAUUGUCCCCCACCUACCGGUCCCCGUGGUAAUCGGGAGGGACUGUCCGAUUUUCCGCCGGGGUUGGGACCCGGUACUAGAGUCCCGGGGCAGGAGGGAAGCGGUUGCCGUCGCGGCGAGGGAAGCGGUUGCCGCCGCGGCGAGGGAAGCGGUUGCCGUCGCGGCGAGGGAUGCGGCCGGCGCCGCUGCGAGAGGGACGCAGCCGGCGCCGCAGGAGACACCCGACCCCGGCGAGAUACCAUCCAGGGGGGGUCCCUCGGCUACCUGGGGCUUGGGCAAAGGGUGGAGGAGUGUGGCAUCCCGCCACGGAAGCCUCGGCCUGGACAGGCCCGGGGUACCGUGGAGGACGGGGUGUACCACCCCCACCCACCAGCCGGCGAUGGAGAGCAGCCCAUUCGGCUCCCCAAUCAGGGUGAUUGGGGGACACCUGGCCGAAAGUGUAGGGGCCAUCUUAAAAGGAGGACCAGCCCAGCACAGCACGGGUCGGGAGCAGAAAGGAAGGGCUCGACGCACGAGAGAGCAGCUAGAGGCCCACGGAGGCCCUAGAGACCGCGUCUCCUUCUUUGGGGUGAUGGUUUCAAGUUGACUGUUAAUAAAUGCCCACAAUGGCUUUAACCUUCACCA